AUGACAACCGUUGAUCAACAAAUCACCUCCCUCAUUUCAAAAUGCACCACUACAAGAAACCUCAAACUAGCCAUGACCCUUCACUCCCAUCUCAUCAAAACAGCUCUCACUUUCAACCGCUUUAUCACCAACAACCUCAUCAACAUUUACUUCAAAUGCAAUGCCUUUGAAAGUGCCCAAAAUGCUUUUGAAGAUGUACCCAUCAAGAACAACCACUCAUGGAACACAAUAAUCAGUGGUUGUCUACAAAUGGGCAAUAUUGAUAACGCCCGGCACUUGUUCGAUAAAAUGCCUGAACCAAAUUUUGUUAGCUACAAUUCAUUGAUUUCGGGGUUAUCUCGAAAUGGGUUUUAUAAAGAAGGGAUAAAUGUCUUUAGAAGAAUGCAAAAAGAUUUUAACUUAGUAUGUUUUGAUGAGUUUACAUUUGUUAGUGUGGUUAGUUCUUGUGCUUGCUUAGGUGCGGUAAAAUUGCUUCAUCAAGUACAUGGAGCGGCGCUUGUUAUUGGGGUAGAGUUUAAUAAGAUAGUUUGCAACGCUUUGAUCGAUGCUUAUGGGAAAUGUGGUUAUUCUGAUAUUUCUUAUUGUAUAUUUAGUAGAAUGCAAGAAAGGGAUGUUUUGUCAUGGACUUCAAUGGUUUCAGUGUAUGUUCGAGCGUCUAGAUUGGAUGAUGCUUUUCGGAUUUUUAGAGAAAUGCCUGUUAAGAAUACUGUUUCUUGGACUAGUCUGAUAGCUGGUUUUGCACAAAAUGGGCAUGGCUAUAAAGCUUUGGAUCUUUUUGUGCAAAUGCAGGAAGAGGGAGUCUGCCCUAAUGCUUUUACAUUUGUUACUGUUUUAAGAGCUUGUGCUGAUCUAGCAAUUCCUGAAAGAGGCAAACAGGUCCACGGACGCAUCAUUAGAAGUAGCAGUAGAGGUGAUAUGCUUAAUCUUUUCAUAUUUAACGCUUUAAUUAACAUGUACUGCAAGUGUGGAGAUAUGAAAUCAUCUGAGACAUUGUUUGAAAGGAUGCCAGAAAAGGAUGUUGUGUCUUGGAACUCAUUGAUAACAGGGCUUGCGCAAAAUGGGCAUGCAGAGAAAUCACUUAAUGUUUUUAGAAAGAUGUUAGAAACAAAAACAAUGCCUAAUCAUGUCACAUUUCUUGGGGUGUUAUCUGCUUGUAGCCACACUGGUUUAGUUUCAGAAGGACUUCAAAUUCUAGGCUCUAUGGAAUUGGACUAUGGUGUUAAACCAAAACCAGAGCACUUUUCAACCUUUAUUGAUUUACUAGGGAGGAAAAAUAGAUUGAAUGAAGCAAUGGAGUUGAUUGUGAGAGCGCCUAAGGGAUCAAAUCACGUUGGGAUGUGGGGUGCACUUUUAAGUGCUUGUCGGGUCCAUGGAAACUUGGAUCUUGCUAGCAGGGCUGCAGAAGCUCUGUUUGAGUUGGAACCUAAGAAUGCUGCAAGAUAUAUUAUGUUAUCAAACAUUUAUGCUGCUGCUAACAGAUGGAAUGAUGCUCGUGCUGUGAGGAGGACCAUGAGGGAGAGAAAUUUGAGGAAAGAAGCUGCUUGUAGUUGGAUUGAAGUGAGAAAUGUAAGACAUGAGUUUGUGGCUAGAGACAAGAUCCACAGUCAGAUAGAAGAGUUAUAUGAAAUGAUUGCUAAACUGGUUGAUCACAUGAAGGAAGCUGGAUAUCAACCCUGCAUCAGUGACGCUUAUUUUGUAGGGGAAGAGGAUGAUGUAUCUUGA